AUGCCGUGCUAUGCAAUAUCCGAGCCAAUUCCCGUCAAAUACAACCGCCCGAUACACUGGGAAAGACUCCAAGCUUCAACGUCAUCUUCUCCACGAGCUGCCAAGGAGCGCAAGGAGCGUUCUAUAUCAAAGUCAACAUUGCAAUCUCCCAAUUCCUUUGUCGAUCGCCGUCCAAGCUCGACGUACAACGAUCUCAUAUCGUCCUCUCUGCUUCGACAACAAAGGAGGGUUAUGAAUGGUCAUAUCGAGAAGGCAGUUCAAGCCAUCAAGAGUAGUAAGGCCCGACUUAGACGAUUAUACCUCUUGGAUGCCAGUAUCGGUGCGGAGCAUGCAGAGAAGAAGCGCCGUGAAAACAACAAGGAUGACACUGAAGACGUUGACGAGCCUCCUUUAUCAGGUGGAUCUGCGUAG